AUGGCUGCUUCGAGUUCACAAGCUAACGAUUAUACGGUUAGGGAGACAGACCCAACAACGCGAUUCGCAAGGUACGAAAUAUUCAUAGGAGAAGGCUCGUCAAAAAAAGUUUACAGGGGAUUGGAUAGGCGUUAUGGUACUGAAAUAGCUUGGAGUAAGGUGAGAUUACUACCAGGAAAAGAAGCGUCUAGGGAAAAUCUUGAGGAAUUAUGUGCCGAACCUGAAUUAUUGAGGUCUCUAGACCACGAAAACAUUACGAAAUGUUAUCAUUAUUGGAUUGAUGAUGACCAGAAAGUCGUCCACAUGAUUACUGAGUUUUGUUCUUCAGGAAAUCUGACAGACUAUAGCAGGGAACAUGUACCUGCUCUUGUGGGUAAUAUGGCGAUCAAGAUUUGGUGUAGACAGAUUUUAAGUGCGUUACAUUAUCUUCAUACUCAUAAUCCGCCUAUUACUCACCGUGAUAUUAAGUGUAGUAACAUAUUUGUUAAAGGUAACACGAGCACGAUUAAACUAGGAGACUUGGGAAUUGCAAAGAUUUUUGAAUCAGGGAGUACACCAGCGUUUCAGACUGAUAUAUUUUCGUUUGGGACUAGCUUAACGCAGAUGAUGAAUAAGGAAGUACAAAUCACAGAACUCAGCAGCGACAAUGAUCUGGUUGACAUCGGUUUCAAGCCUGUUGGGUUACUCAGUGUGACUGAUCCUCAAAUGAAGCAGUUGAUUGAUAAGUGUAUUGACUUUGCACCUGAUAUUGUUAGACCAUCAGCAUUGGACCUUCUGAAUGACCCAUUGCUUGCAGUCGAUGUUGCUGACACAUCGACUGCAAGUACUUGUGCUGGUAGUCUGUCUCUGAAUGAAUCUGUGCAAGAUCAGGUGGCUGGACUACUACUGCAGCCUACAGAAGUACUGAUGGAAUUUGACAGCGGAUAUAAGAAAUUCUGGUUACAGGGGAAAAUGUCAGAGGAUGUAUCGAUAUCUAUUACUUUGAGGAUUAUUAUUGAUGGCCUUGAUAUGGUUAGAAUGAUAAGUUUUGAGUUCUUGCUCGGAGUUGAUACAAUUCCUGAUAUCAUGGAGAACAUUCGACGAGAAAUUGACUCGUCUGCUAAAGUAAUCGCGCUGGAUUUAUUUUCCGAGGAAACGUUUAGUGAUGAUGCUCCAAGAGCACAUGAGAAAUCAAAUUAUGCUCCUCCAAGUGGAAAUGAGAGACGACCGAAUGAUGCUACACCUAGAACUUCCUCAAAUAGAAGCCAUCACACGAGGAUGCAGAGCAACAGCAGUCGCAGCAUGGAAGGUCUGAGGAUAAUCGAAGAAGAGGCAACUGGAAGCUGUCAUUAUGUUCUUGGUGUGCCAAAUUCUGAGAUCAAAUUAACUCUAUCUUUAGUAGUUUAG